AAAAGGAGGAAGCUGAGUGCGCGCAGCAGCCGCCCGACCACUCAACUGACGGAAUAAAACAAAAACCCAGUCAAACUAACCACCAGCUGAAAGCAGUACCACGGUUUCCAGGUCCUCUCCUUGGAACAUCGCUCGAUAAACCGGUUUUUCCACCACAGACGCGCUUUCUGGGCACCGACAACUCCUGUUGCUUAGAGUGAAGACAGUUGCACAGACACUGGGAGAAUGGCAGACUCGUCGGCGGCCAACAGCGACGGGGAGGACGGACCCAUGCGGGGCUUUGCGCGUCAGGGAGCCCUCCGCCAAAAGAACGUGCACGAGGUGAAGGACCACAAAUUCAUCGCGCGGUUCUUCAAGCAGCCCACCUUCUGCAGCCACUGCACCGACUUCAUCUGGGGUUUUGGCAAGCAGGGAUUCCAGUGUCAGGUGUGUUGUUUCGUGGUUCACAAACGUUGCCAUGAGUUUGUCACAUUCUCGUGUCCGGGAGCUGAUAAAGGGCCUGCAUCAGAUGACCCAAGGUCAAAGCACAAGUUUAAGAUCCACACCUACUCCAGCCCGACCUUCUGUGACCACUGUGGUUCUCUGCUCUAUGGCCUCAUACACCAGGGCAUGAGAUGUGAACACUGUAUGAUGAACAUCCAUAAGCGCUGUGUGGCCAAUGUGCCGAGCCUGUGUGGGACAGACCACACUGAGAGGAGAGGUCGCAUCCAGAUCACAGCUGAGAUCAAGGCUAAUCUACUCACUGUUACCAUCAAAGAGGGCAGGAAUCUGGUUCCUAUGGACCCCAACGGUCUGUCAGACCCUUAUGUGAAGCUUAAGCUGAUCCCAGAUCCCCGCAGCGAGAGUAAACAGAAGACCAAGACCAUAAAGUGUUGCCUCAACCCCACCUGGAACGAGAGCUUCAAAUUCCACCUGAAGGACUAUGAUAAGGACCGCCGUCUGUCGGUGGAGGUGUGGGACUGGGACUUGACCAGCCGCAAUGACUUCAUGGGAUCACUGUCCUUUGGGAUCUCGGAGCUCCAGAAACAAGGAGUGGAUGGAUGGUUUAAGCUGCUGUCCCAGGAAGAAGGCGAGUACUUCAAUGUCCCUGUUGCUCCAGAGGGGGAGGAGGGCAGCGAGGAGCUACGGCAGAAAUUUGAGAGGGCUAAGAUUGGUCCAGGCAAGAGCGCAGACGGCAAGUCGGCCAACGCUGCAUCCCGGUACGACUCCAGUGGCAACCAAGACCGCAUGAACCUGUCGGACUUUAACUUCCUGAUGGUGUUGGGAAAGGGCAGCUUUGGAAAGGUGAUGCUGGCAGAGCGUAAAGGGACAGAGGAGCUAUAUGCUAUAAAGAUCUUGAAGAAGGACGUUGUGAUCCAGGAUGAUGACGUAGAGUGCACCAUGGUGGAGAAGAGAGUGUUAGCUUUGUCUGGAAAGCCACCGUUCUUAACACAGCUGCACUCCACUUUCCAGACUAUGGACCGUUUGUAUUUUGUCAUGGAGUACAUAAACGGCGGAGAUCUCAUGUAUCAGAUUCAGCAGGCUGGCAGGUUCAAAGAGCCCCAUGCUGUAUUUUAUGCUGCAGAGAUCGCCAUCGGUCUGUUCUUCCUACAUCUAAAAGGCAUCAUCUACAGAGACCUGAAGCUGGACAAUGUGAUGCUGGACUGUGAGGGCCACAUCAAGAUAGCAGACUUUGGCAUGUGUAAAGAAAACAUGCUCGAUGGCAUCACUACCAAGACCUUCUGUGGAACACCGGACUACAUAGCCCCUGAGAUCAUAGCCUACCAACCUUAUGGUAAAUCUGUGGACUGGUGGGCCUUUGGAGUGUUACUGUAUGAGAUGCUCGCUGGACAGCCUCCAUUUGACGGUGAAGAUGAGGAUGAGUUAUUUCAGUCCAUCAUGGAGCAUCACGUCUCCUACCCCAAGUCUAUGUCCAAGGAGGCUGUCGCUAUCUGUAAAGGGCUGAUGACGAAGCAUCCAGCGAAGCGACUGGGCUGUGGGCCGGAGGGGGAGAGAGACAUCAGGGAGCACAGCUUCUUCCGCUACAUGGACUGGGAGAAACUGGAGAACAAGGAGGUGCAGCCACCAUUCAAACCCAGAGCUUGUGGACGGGAAGCGGAGAACUUUGAUCGUUUUUUCACACGCCACCCGCCGGUGCUGACCCCUCCCGAUGAGGAAGUGAUUCAGAACCUGGACCAGGACGAGUUCCAGGGAUUCUCCUUUAUCAACCCGGAGUUCCCAGGGGCUGCUGCUACCACCACUGCUGUUAAGCAGGCUUGAUUUAAGCUCAUGCAUGGCCACAUAGACACAUACAUACAAACUAGAUUAUGUCUGUACCUUUGAAUAUAUGCAUGCAUGCUCACAAGCAUAGCAAUUUGAAAUAUCCUAGAAUUUUUUUUUAGUUGUCACAGUCCCUAAGAAGCCUCGAACUAAAGGGACAUAUGAGCUAAGAUUGAAACGGAUACAGUAUACACAUGUGGUGUUCACACUGUUGCAACCUGGAUGAUGUGUUGACCUCUGAAGGGUCCGUGUGUCUAGUAUAAAGUAGCACUCUUAUUCUAACCCAAUUUCACAUCAAAAUGUAUAAUAGUUACAUUGGUCCUCAACGCAAAAAGCACUAGUUUCUCAAUAAUGCUCCAUAAUUCUGACAUUGGAGCAUUUUUUUUUUUCUGGAUCAAAAAAUGUGACAUACCAACAUUUUUCUGGCAAUGAAAAUGAGAAAAAUGGCUGACAUUCCUUAUAUAUGGUUAAGAUUAGGCACAGAAGCUGCAUGUUUGGGGAAAGCUCCAGGGUUUGGUUAGAACACUCUCAAAGCAAAGCUUCAAACACAGGAAUUGAUCUCUGGUUGUCUGUGUGAAAGGCGGGUGUUUCUUGGUCUCAUCCAAAUGCCCACCCACUACCUCCCUACUGUUUUUAACGCCCUAUAGUUCAAAACCGUUCAACUUCAACUGGCGCUAAAUGUUAGCUUCCUCAUCCACACUCCAGUCCAGUUGGUGGCGGUAACGCAUUAUUUCGUUAUUUGCCAACUGCCAUGAAACUCCAAGAAGAAAAACACAAAGAAGUACAUUUGGCUGCAAUACAAAAACGUUGUCACGUCACAGUUUUACAGCCAUUAUUGUGACAUUACUACAUUUAAUAUUGUGGACCUAUGUGGCUAUUCCACAUUUUCAUGUGAGACUGAGCAGCUUGUGCAGCUACAAAAUUAAGAUUUAUGAGAAAUAACUAACGAUUAGUUAGACAUUUUGGAAAAUAUGCUUAUUUGCUUUGCUUAUUUGAUACCACUCCCAUGUCUGUUAACAGUCACUAUGAAGCUAAUACCAGCCAACACUGGAGGCAGAAGAGAACAUCUGGCCAAAGGUAGCACAGUUCACCCAUCAGCACUAUUAACUCUCACUCAUCAACAUGAGACAUAACCUGUUCAUUGAAGAGCUAUAGAGGUUCAGGUACCUUUGGACUCAGCCCGGCUGCUAGUGAUCACUUCAUAUUCAGCACAGAGACAUGAGUGGUAUCAAUCUUAUCGUGUCUCUGCAAGACAAGCUUAUUUUAGAAAACACCGAACUUUUCCUUUAAGAAAAAUUGACAAAUCCUGUAUUUUCAAAGCAUUACCACAGUAUAAAUUAGCAAGAUAUGCUGGACACUUGCUACUAAAAGCCAGUGUGGUAUAGUUUUGUGCAUGAAACUAAAGAAGAUUUGUAAGAAAAUGGGAACCAUGGAAAUCAGAUUCACUUCAAUCUGAAUCUGUUUUGGUGAAGUUCAACAGUGUGAACAAAGUGUUUGUGCUUAUUUUACCCGACGUAGUCGACGUCAGCGAGGGAAAAUAGUAGUGGCCCUUCAAAGUUCAUAAAAUGUCAGAUUUACAGUGAAGGACAAAAAUGUCUAGACCUUUAGAGCACAGCAUUUUUGUAUCAUUAAUUAAACUGACACAAAUACAGAAUAUUGACAAGUCAUGUACCCUCCACCCCCCAGCUCACACAAAUAAACAACUGCAUAAUUUCACAUGUAACAAUAGCUUUAACAUCCCAUUUAAUGAUUCUUCUUUGGGCGGAAACAGUGACUGAACCUUUCAUUUUCUCAUUCCUCAGCUAUUCCAAGGUAUUUUAGUUAGACCGGUAAUUGCUGGUGUUCCUUUUAUUCAGUAUAUAAUAAUACUGGUGUCUGUAUUUUUAUUCUUAUCUUAGCUGAAACUGGAAUGCCUGACAUACUUGUGCAUGAGUUUCUAUAUCAGUAAUUGCCAGGGACUUUGUCUUCCAACUGCAUUUUAGCAUCUUAUCUGAGCCCCUCUGCUGCCAUUUUGUGACUCUCUUUCAUGGUUUUGAAAGCAUCUAUUACUGGGGUAUUAUUUAACCCAAUGUGACAAUCAAUGUAAGAUCAGAUAUGUGCCACAACGGACCACAAAUGUCAGAUUUUCUAUGUGUGUAUUUGCUGUUCAACUCUGGGACUAUGAUGUUAAAAUGCUGUUGGGAAAUGUAAUCUGUCUCCGGGCUUUGAGUCACUUCAAUAGAUAGAAAUUACUACUACUUAUACUCUUAUAUUAUCUAGUAUUUAAGCAAUGAGAAAGACUAGAAGUGAGUUUCUUUGUGUUUUACAAAAGCAUGAGUCUGAUACCUGGGCAUUUGUUGACACCGUACAGUAUGUGUGCACAUGUAUGUGAAUGAGUUCUGAGUAUAAAAGUGCACAUUUGCGUUUACAUUUUUGUAUGCAUGCCUGGCCUUGUGUUUACAUUUGUUUGUGUUGUGAAUGCUGGCACCCUCUUCACUUCCAACAGCGGCUCCUCAGAUGGGGGUAGAGAGAAGAUAGGGGUAGAGGAGAUGAGGGUGUUUUCAGGGAAAGGCCACUUAAAGUGAAGCAGCUACAUUCCAAGCAACAACCAGUCCUAAAUCUUGUGCUUGAUUCAUUGAUAUUAAGUAGUGUGAACUCCUGGAGUGCACCACCUCAGUACUAGGGAUGUUUAGCAGACCCAUGGCUUCCUGCUUUCAAAAUGCAGGUAAAAUACCUGAGCAUCUCAUAAAGGUCCUUGGCCUGGGGAAACAGAUAAGGUGACAGCUAAAUCAUGCAGCUCCAUUUUUCUGAUCUAGUUUUUGGUCAUGUAGGAAAGGAUUUGAGGCUCGACUCGCUGUGAUUGGUGUUUUUCAAUUGGUGUCCUGCAUGCACAGAAAGAAUUUCCAUCCUACUGUAGCCAUAUGUGUGCAUACAGGUUAAAGCAAGGCCCUCUGAAGCAAGACAACGUGUUCUGCCUCUUGUUUUCCCCUGCUAGCAAUGAUCUUCUUGACAGGAAGGCAGAAUUUGUACUAGCCCUUAGAAUCAGGAUAGGGCUGGGGUUAUGAAGUUUCCUGGUCUCCACCAUCAGGACUAUUGAUAGAACUUUUUUGAAAAUAGCACCUGAUACCUUGAAAUGUGUUUGGAAGUGACAGACAGUUUUGAGUUAUGAAACAUUUUAUUCAUAUUUUUUGCAGCUUUACUACUGAAGCAAUUACCCGCAGACAAAUUUUCAGACGUAGCCCUUGUAGUGCUCUCUAAAGUCACAACUAACAUCUGGAAAAGGUUGGUCCUGUCUGUGAGCUCUAGUCUAGAAUUAGCUGAUACUUCAGCAGUGAAGAGCAGUUUUAGUUCCUUCACAUUUCAUUCAUGCUUAUGUGUGAACGUUAAUGCAACUGUUGUGUUUUUCUGACUUGAUGACUGAAAUCCAUGUCCAUUGUUUGUGUUGUACCUCCAUUGUUUGUAUUUAUUGCAGUCAGCACCUCAUGUCAUGACAAUAACAAAAAUCUCUACUUACUUAAAAAGCUGUGUCAAAUGUAGAUGUAUACAUAUAAUUUACAUGUUCCUUCCUGUUGAAGGAAAAGUAAGUUGAACUCUGCAUGAAAAAUGCUUUUGUUUUACCCUUUUGUUAUUUAGGAUUUAUAUACAUUUUACAUUUUGAGGUGAUUCAUGUUUUCUGUGUCACCAGUGCUUUGAAACUGUGACCAAGCUACUAUGUGUGAAAAUAAUGAAAUACGUCUUUAGAAAACAGGAAAGAUGCUUUCCAUGUGCCAAAUGUUUUGUUUUCCCAGAGAAACAGGCUAAAAUAAAGGGUUUAAAAGAUGUGUUAGGGGAUGUUUGUUGGUGUUUUUGUCUUUAUUGUGUUUUCAGUAAUGUUCACUGUCCAGUAUAUGCUUUGCUUCAGGUAAUAUCUGUAAUGGCUGUGAGUUUUUUUUUUCUUUGUCUCGGUCUUUCUUUAUUGUAGCCCCUCCCUUACUCUCUUAUAAUUCAUUCCUGUCUCAUACACACUGUUGCUGUCCACGGAGCAGAAACUGACUGGCGGUAAAAGAGAAUAAGGAUGAGAUGAAGGACAGUGAGAGUGUGAAGAGAUGGGGCUGAGGUAAACCAGAGAUUAAACUGAUGGAGAGUGAUAGUUGGCAAGGAUCUUGAGCAAAUGUGAGAGGAAGGAAAACAUAACAGAGAAGAAGAGGGAAGCAAUUCAACAAUGGAGGGAGGCAAGGAAGAGGGAGAAAGAAGGGACGGUGGCAAAGAGGGAGGGAGGGAACGGGGUGGCGAAGCGAGGCAGGCGACUACGACAGGCUGUGCAUAUUUCAUGGCUGCUACUUAUCAUGAGAGCCUUUCCCUGACGGGGGGGUGUAGGUCUGAUGGCUUCAAGGAAAUCACAUGCAGAACACGGCCCACAUACGCACAGCCGUGCUGAGCCACUCAGCCUAAAAAAAAGCUGCUCGCAGUCGCCUGUAGUCAAGCUGCUCCUGGUUUGACUACCUGCAUAUUUACUUUUAACAGAGGUUACUGUCUUGUACUAUAUUUACUAUUCCUACAACAAAAUCUACCCCACACAAAUUGCCCACUGGGAAUGUGCUGGUUAAGGUUUGAAAUCCAUCCAAGACCCAUGCUAGCGAGGUUUAUGGAAAUGAUUUUGUUAAGGUGAUUUUAAUUUAUUUAUUUUACAUUUGGGUGGAACCUCAAGGCAUGUAUCAUGACGUAUGCCUUGGGGUUCUGCGCUGUGCAUAAUAUGGGCUACCUGAUGUCCCAGAAAUGCUGACGUUACCUGUGGCUCAGCUGGUUUAUAGCAUUUCUGGGGUAAAACUGGUGACUGGUGGCUUCAGGAUUGUUAGGAUAUUUAGCUAAACCUACACUCUGAUUCAUUCAAUCCUUUGACAAAACUCAACAUAAAACAUUCAAUGUUUUAUUUGAACAAGACACCACAUUUAUUUAUCCUGAGAAGUUCUUCUCUUUAGGUUGUUUAAUGUGUUGUUUGUUUCGACCACGUAGGCUUAAAGAAAUAGUUUCACAUUUAAGGCCUCAUUGCACAGAGAUAGAUGAGCACCAGCAGCUCUAAAGCUCAGAAACAUAAUUGUAUCUUGUUACAAAAAAAUGCAAUUUGUUUAAAAAGAAAAAGGAAAAGCCAUUCAUGUCUUUCGCAGGCUUGCGUGGCUGUGUUCUCAGAGACAAAGAGUUAGCUAGCUGCUUCUCCGUAUAGCUUUAAAUAAAAAAGUAUAAUGUUCUGGAAUACUGAGCUACCGUCUGUUUGUUCUGGUCUGAUUUUCAUUUCAUUUAGCUGUGUAAAUAUCAGGGUCAAGAUCAAUUGCACCUCAACCUUGGAACAAAUGGAACAAAUUGCAGCACAUUUCCAUGGUUACUGGCUGCUGCUUGUAACAUCAACAUGUAGUUAUUACAUGUUGUUCUUGAUAUUUUAGUGUUGGAAAAAGAAUGGCAGCGUUGAAGACACACACUGCUUCCCUCUGUUAACUGUCUACUACUUAAUCUGUUGUAGUGCAGCUAUAGUUUAUGCACAUUUAUUUUAACAGCAGUUCAGAGUCCUGUAACACUAAGUUCCAGAAUAUAAGCUGUAUAAAGUUUGUACUGGAGUGGAUGUAAUAGCCAGUAUAUACAGUAAGCUGCAGCAGUGCUGGAGUGUGUGUGAUAAUUAAUUCCAAAUGUUGCAGCCCCAAAAUUAAAGCCAAUGGCUUCAACACAAAGCAGCCCACGCUUAUCAGCCCAAAACAGGUCAGCACUCGAUACCGCCUUUCAUUCAGCCUCCUCUCCUCUUCACCUCCCCUCUACUCUGUGCCUCCCACUCUCUGUCCACAUCCUCGGCUGACAUCGGCUCGUCUCCCGCUAAUCCUCUCCUUACUGAAAAGAGGCUGGGCGAGAGAGCGGUGGAGGGGGAGUGAGGCAGGAAGGCAGAAGAGAAGGGAGGAAUAAAGCGUAAAGAUACAUUAAAGACUCACAGUCAUGCUUCUCCAUUAAGACCAGCGCCUCUGGAACUUGGUGAUGUGAUAAAUAAUUGUUUGUCCUGAUGCUACUGUAAUUUUCUAUCUAUACAUCUUUCCCAAGGCCCACUGAUAUAUAUUUCACUCCCUGUCGUUUGCUGCAUCUCUCUCUCUCUGUUUUUUCCUCCAUAUCUCUGCCUGCGUGCCUCACAGCAUCAACUGCAACUGAAGCGUGCCGAGAUGGAACACAUUAUCAGCUGGCCUACAUGGCUGGCAGCUGUGAAUGAGCUUAUAUGUGCAUGUUUGGUAAAUAACUGCAUGCGUGGCCUUUGGCCGUGUACACAGUCGACUUCCAAAGUCUGAUCAGAUGUCUUAAUUGCAAGAGACCUACUUGAUUAGAAUGUGAAUAACAUUUGGUUUGACAGUAUAUGAAUUAGUAAGAAUACUGACAAUGUGUGUGUAUAUCUAUCAAACAAUAUUUCUUUUUGGAAAGAAUGAGAUAUUGAUUUCAGGUAGAAAAAGCAG